AUGACGCCCAGCGGGCGCCCCGCGGGGCCCCGCCGCUCCCCGCAGGCCUGGACCGUGAAUUUGGUUGCGAUGGAGACCGUAUCCCUGGAGCACCAGAUCCAGAGCGUGCAGCGGCACAUCGCUUUCCUGAAGAAGGAGCAGAUGGAGCUGCUCCAUGACCUGCACCUGGAGAUCCUCCGCUUGCAGAAGCACUGCUCAGAGCUCACCCAUGACCUGGAAAUAAAAGAGCUGGAAGCCCGCCAGCAAGAUGUCCUGGACCGGGAGCUGGAGGAGAAGUGCCGGGCGAUGGAGGCCCAGCUGCAGGAGAAGGAGAAGGACAACCUGGAGCUGCGCAAGGAGCUGCAGCACAAGGAGACGCUGGUGGCCGCGCUGCGGUCCAGCCUCCGCAACAAGGAGCGCCGGUUCCUGGAGGAGCUGAAGCGGCGCAGCCACCGCGUCACCAUCCUCGACACGGAGCUGCAGAAGCAGACAGAGGCGGCUGCCUACCUCUCCCUGCAGCUGCACGCCACUGCCCAGCGGCUGCCGGGCCCCCGGCCGAGCGGGCGGCCGCCCCCCGAGCAGCCCCCUGCCGGCCCCCCGGCCGAGGGCAGGCCCCGGCGCCGCGGCCACAGGGUGCACCCCCGGCGCCUGCCUGGGGACGGCGGCCACCCCAGGGACCCCACGCAGGAGGAGCACGACGCCAUGCCCGACCCGGCCCUCUUCCUCUACACGGCGCGGCCGCACGCCCCACAGCGCCUGCCGCCGGAGCCCCCCGCCCAGGCCCGCGGCACGGCCGGUGCCACCGCGGACCCCCGGGUGCAGAGGCUUCCCCGGCAGCCCGCACAGGAGCCGGUGGCCAGGGCCAGGUCGGCCAAGGGUGAGCCCGGCAAGAGGCAGGGGUCCGGCCCCCGCGGUGCCCCCCGGGCCCGGGAGUAG